AUGCAAAUAUUUGAGGAUUUCCAAGUGUCCAUUCUCAGCCGCACCAUGACAUGUGGAUGCCGUACAGGGGCAGCCAUUUUCAUACAUAUAUUUCAGGAUUUCCAGAUGGCCGUUACUUGCAGCAUGAAAACCAGUCAUAACAUUCCAGGGACAAAAAUUGUCAUGGAGAUACUGGAGGCAUUCCAAAUGGCGAUUUUCAGCAGCACGUUUGCAUGUGAAUUCAUCCCAUGGACAGCCAUUUUCAUGGGCAAACCUGAGGCACUCCAGAUGGCCAUUCUCAGCUGCAAACUUGCAUGUCGAAACAUCCCAUGGGCAACCAUUUUCAUGAAGCCAUCGAAUCAGAUCCAGGCGCAAGCUCUGCUAUCCCAUGGAAAUCCCUGUUUGCGUGCCCAUUGGACAACUGCCAAGUUUCCAACUUUUCCAACUUUUGUGAAGACAUCACACUGUUCCGGCAUUCGGUUCUUGCAAAUAUCGUUGAGCCAGUGCUCUGCGCAUGAAACGCUGGAAAAGGUAGCGCUGUACCGUAGUAUGUAUCCAUGCCUGUUCCUGGACAUGUGGUGUCAAACCCAGAAAAUCGGCGGGGACUCACUAUUACCGAAGGUGCUUCUUCUAUGGAGUCGCAAUAUUUCUUAUAUAGCUCAUUGA